AUGACUCUGGCCAUCCUCGCCGUCACCGGUAGCGCUGGCUCGCUUUCAUCGACUCACUCAAGUCCCCGCACGACGGGCGCGUCUACUACGGGCGUCGCCACCCGCGACCGGCUCUGGCUCAUCGACUACCAUCCCGACGCGCCGCCGCUGCCCGAGGGAGCUACCAGGAAGUACAGGCUCGCGUUCCUCGACUUCGUGCACGCCGCCCUGUCCGCUGCCGUGUUUGGGGUCGUCGCCGCCAUGGACAGGGACGCCGUCGCAUGCCUGUGUGGGCCCGCUCUGGCCAGGGAGACCCAGGAGCUCAUCAACGUCCUGCCGCUUG